UAAAUAUAAUUCAAGCGCAAAAAAACAAAAAAAGAAAAGGCAAAACUAAAUAUAAAUGUGUACUCCUCUUCCAGCAUCGAAACCCACAAACAACACCCAAAAACAGUGAUCAUGGAGUUGAUCAUCGUCUCUAUCGUUCUCUUAGCGACUCUCUAUUUCCUCUACUCUGUAUUGAAUUCCGGAAGCUCUUCUUCCACCAAAAAUGGUAAACAGCAGCUUCCUCUGCCACCAGGAGCCAAAGGUUGGCCUCUGGUUGGUGAAACCUUGGCGUAUCUCCAGGGAUCCAAAAAGGGUGUCCCUGAAAAGUUCAUAGCAGAGAGGAGGGACAAAUUCUCAACCACCAUUUUCAAAUCCCCAUUGCUGAACGAGAACAUGGUGUUCUUCUGCACGGCAGAAGGUAACAAAUUCCUCUUCGCGAACGAGAACAAGCUCGUCAAAUCCUGGUGGCCGAAAACAUUCGAGAAAAUCUUCGCCCCAUCAGAGAAAACAACACAGGGCGAAGAGACCAUGAGGAUGAGGAAAGUUCUCUCGCCAUUUUUGAAGCCCGAUUCGCUCCAGAAGUACAUCGGUGUCAUGGAUUCAGAGACCCAGAAGCAUUUGAAAACUUACUGGGAUGCUAAAGAAGUGACUGUUUAUCCACUGGCUAAAAAGUACACUUUCGCAGUUGGUUGCAAAUUGUUCUUGAACAUUGACAAUCCAGAGACCAUUGCGAUGCUCGAAGAACCCAUUAGGCAUAUCUCCUCUGGGUUCGUCUCGUCUUUUCCUGUUAAUAUUCCUGGAACGAAAUAUCACAAAGCCAUUCAAGCCGCGAAGAAGAUCAGGACAGAUAUCAAACACUUGGUGGCCCAGAGAAGGAGGGAUAUUCUGGAGGGCAGAGCACCCAAAUCGCCGGACAUUUUGUCACAUUUGCUCAUGGAGACCUAUGAAAAUGGCGAGCUGAUUAAUGAUUCGGACAUUGCUAAUAAGAUUUAUGGUCUUCUACAUGGUGCUUAUGACAACGUCAGUGCUUUGCUUUCUUCCAUUAUUGCUUAUCUUGCUGAGCUUCCUGAAGUUUAUGACAGAGUUCGAAGCGAGCAAAUAGAGAUUGCGAAAUCGAAAGCACCAGGAGAGUUGUUGAAUUGGACGGAUCUACAAAGGAUGAAAUAUUCAUGGAAUGUGGCUUGCGAAGUUAUGAGAUUGGUUCCACCAACUCAAGGGACUUUCAGGGAGGUCAUUACUGACUUUGUCUAUGAUGGAUUUCUAGUCCCAAAAGGAUUCAAGAUACAUUGGAAUGCAUUUGCCACACAUAAGAACCCAAAAUACUUUCCCAGUCCAGAAAAGUUUGAUCCAUCAAGGUUUGAAGGAGAAGGACCAGUUCCAUUUUCAUAUGUUCCAUUUGGAGGAGGACCUCGAAUGUGUCCUGGAAAAGAGUAUGCUCGUUUGAAAAUUCUGGUUUUCAUGCAUAAUAUGGUGAAAGCAUUCAAAUGGGAAAAGGUUUUCCCUGAUGAGAAAAUUACAACAGACCCAGUUUCAGCACCAAGCAAAGGGCUUCCUGUUCGCCUUCAUCCUUAUAAAUGAUGAUUUUCCUAGCUAGCUCUAAUUAUCAACUAGAAGACUUAAAAUUAUGCAGUACAUUGUUAUUUUCCAUAUGUGUUUUAGUUUGUGGAACUUGAACGGUUGUUUAGGUAAUUUAUGUUUAUUUUAUAAUUAUAUAGCAGAUGGUUUGGAAACAAAACAUUUUGCCUGGAAAGCUAGCUCAAUGUUAAUUAAGGGAAAUUGAUUUUUGAACA